AUGGCGCACAGUGUGGAUGGGAGAGACUGCUGUCACAAAGAAGUUCACGGCCCAGCAAGGCAACAGGCAAGCAAUCGCAAGUCUGGCGAAGCCUGGGUGGAAAGGACAGCCUGCCGGAGGGAGCCCCGUGCCCACCGCACGGCCCGGACCAAGUACCAGCUGUUGCUGUCCGGGCUCGUGGUCGUUACUGGCUCCAUCAACACGCUCUCGGCAAAGCGGGCGGACAACGUCAGGGCCCAGGGCCGCGGAGGGGGCAAGGAAGACAGCUUCCAGCAUCCCUUCCUCCAGGCAGUGGGCAUGUUCCCGGGAGAGUUCUCCCUCCUGGCCACCUUCUCCCUCCUCCGGUGCAGAGCUGCAGGGUGGUCAGACUCCAGCGCGGACCCCCAGCAGCCCUUCACCCCACUUCUCUUCCUGCCCCCAGCCCUCUGUGACAUGACGGGGACCAGCCUCGUGUAUGUGGCUCUGAACAUGACCAGGGCCUCCAGCUUCCAGAUGCUGCGGGGCACAGUGGUCAUAUUCACAGGCCUGUUCUGGGUGGCCUUUCUGGGCCGGAGGCUGGUGCUGAGCCCGUGGCCGGGCGUCCUGGCCACCAUCGUGGGGCUGGUUGCUGUGGGCCUGGCCGACCUCCUGAGCAUGCGUGAUGAUCAGCACAAGCUGAGCGAAGCGAUCGCAGGAGACCUGUUGAUCGCCAAGACCCAGAGAAUUAUCGUCUCCAUCCAGAUGGUGCUAGAGGAGUUUGUCUACAAACACAACGUGCAUCCACUAUGGGCAGUCGGCACCGAGGGCCUCUGUGGCUUGCUGAUCCUCUCCUCGCUGCUGGUGCCCAUGGACUACGUGCCCGCUGGCUCCUUCGGUGGAAACCCUCACCGGAUGCUGGAGGAUGCCCUGCGCGCCUUCUGCCAGGUGGGCCGGCAGCCGCUUAUCGCCCUGGCACUGCUGGGCAACAUCAGCAGCAUCGCCUUCUUCAACUUUGCGAGCAUCAGCGUAACCAAGGAGCUGAGCGCCACUACCCACAUGGUGCCGGACAGCUUGCGCACUGUCGUCCUCUGGGCACUGAGCCUGGCGCUGGGCUGGGAGGCCUUCCACGCGCUGCAGAUCCUCGGCUUCCUCAUCCUCCUGAUGGGCACCGCCCUCUACAACCGGCUGCACCACCUGCUGCUGGCCCGCCUGUGCCCGGGCCGGCCCCUGGCAGAGGAGGGAGAGCAGGAGAGAUUGCUGAGUGGCACCCACACUCCCGACAAUGAUGCCAGCUGA